AUGGCGACACGUUGGUGGAUUGUCAUCUCCAGCCUUCUGCUGGGUACUGUAGCAUUCGAUCGCGAGUUUUGCCACUUUUCAUCGCCCAAUUACAACUUAGAAUGGGCCUACGAAUCGACCAGUAAGACCAUCGUAUUCGUGCUCAAAGUCAACAGCACGAUGCCGCGCUACUGGACUGGCGUCGGCUUCAGUGGAAAGAAAGUAUGUUUUGUAGCUUCGUCUGUUACGAAGCUGUAGUUAUCUUAAAGCUUGUGUAGUUUCAUUACAAGCUCUGUAGUUUUCUUUUGUCUUCAGCAGAGUCUGUAGUUCUUACUCACAUUACGUAGCGUCUGAGGAUCUCUCUUUCUUCUGAUUUUACGCAACCUCCGUGCCACUCGAAAGCCGUACGGUAAACAGUAAACUUUCUAAACUCUACUUUGUUCAGGGACCCAUCGACUUUGUCGGAGUACUCGUACGAGACCAACAAGUCGUACUGGCCGAUGCCUACUUGAACGAGACCGGAAUCCUCUACACUGACGUCUUGGGCAAUGUGCAGACCAUCGGCUACGACUACGACGGUCACCAGCUGGUCGCCAAGUUCGCGCGACCUAUUUUGUCAGAUGACGUUAAGAGUGAUCAGCAGCUAGACGAAUGCACGGUAAGACAUUAUGAAUCAUACCUAAAUUAAACCUGCUUUAGACAUUCUUGUUGCCUCAGAAGCCUGGAGUCAUUCCUACGUCUGGAAUCAAGCCUAACCUCGAGGAGUUCAACAAAGUGGCCGUCUGUGACAUACAACAACAUUGUCACAUCUCCAUCAACAAGAAGGAGCCCAAGGAGAGUCAAGUAGCCAAGGAAGACGUCAGAUUCGCAAAGUCCGUAGAUAUCAGUGGGACUGGAGAUCCAUGUGGGUUUGUGGGACACGAUUACAUGGUGAACUGGACGUACGACAAAGCUGACGACAAGGUAAACUUUGUCUACCGCUUCCCGUCGAAGAAGGGGAAGUACUGGUCAGCUCUCGGGAUUGGCGACAACAUGUCGGUAAGCUAGACAAUGUGACUAUAAUCGACCGUAAAUUGUUUUUUUUUAAUUUUUGUUUGUUGUCUCUUAGCCUAAAUUAAUAUGUGUACCUGUUUUUUUAUAGGACAUGGACAUUGCCGUGCUGUUCCUAGAAGACGGUGACGUGAAGAAGAUCGGCGACUACUUCUCCAGCGGCUACGGAGUCCCCGACGAAGAUUCGACUCAGGACUGGUCCCUCGACAGCUCGAAGAAGGUCGAAUCCAACCUGGAAAUACACUUUUCCCGAAAGGUUGUCACCGAAGACCCGGACAAGGUAAUUUACUUGAAUAACUAGUUGCAGGAAGGAGCAAUUAGCUGCGUACGACCUUCCUGUUUUCUCAAAAAAAACUUUCAGGAUCGACCGAUGGACGACUGUGUGCUUUUCCAGUUCGGGGUGAACAGUGGCAAGUACGCUCCCGGCUACAAGAUCCGCAAGCACGAUGGCUGGCCAGACCUCUACAAGGCUUGCAACUUGAGAGACAACUGUGCCGCGAUUCAGAUCGAAAAACGGAAAAGCAAAAACAAGAAACAGAAGGCGAAGAAGGAGAAGGAGGAGGAGGAAGAGACCACCACCCCCGUCAUCGGCGAGAACAGUGACCAGGAAGACACCAACGUCCACAAAAAGGGUAAAUCACAGUCAAAACAUACCAUAAACAAACUUAUUAAACACUCCACUCAGAGCUAAAGUAAUAAUAUUGUUUUAGGUAAAGGAAACAAAAAGCAGAAGAACAAAGCCAAGAAAGCUGAUGAUAACGACAACAUCGAGAGCUCUGGUCAAGAAGAAGUAGAAGGAUCAGGCCAAGACGAACUGACGACUCCAGAAGAGCUGAAAACAUCUACAAUUCUAACUACAGUAGAAGCCACUACCGAAAAUGUACCUACGACUUCAGAAGCCAAAAAGGAAGAACCGACAACUGUUGCGACAUCAGCAACAACUUCCGCCUCUGAUGCUACUACAACAGAGCUAGAAGCUUCAUCAACUACAUCAGAAGCCAAGACGACAAGUGAAGCUCAGUCCACGGCCAGUGUGGCAUCUGAAGCCACAACCGCUGCCGCUCUGUCAUCAGGAAAGAAAGACACCUGCAACCCCAACAAACAAGAUCUCAACGUCUGCGAGGGCUACAUGAACAACUACCUGGCCCAGGUGAAGGAAUGGGCAGAACGGCACGAUGAAACCAUCGAACAACAGUACGGUAAGGCGUGUGCCCUGCUGAGCGCGGUACCACACGUACCGACGCUGUGUUGUCAUGUAUUCCAAAAAGUGUGCGAAAAACAGAUCUCUUCUUGA